AUUUUCACGCGAAGAGCGAGAUAUUCCUCAAGACUGAAGCUGCGGGGAGAAUUGUCUUCUCCGUCAGGUGAAAACCGUAUGUGAAAGAGAUCAGAGACGACUGGAAAAUAAUUACCCUCGACCAUCCAAUCUGCCGGCUUACGAGGUGUCUACCUGCAUCUAGUGCCGCAUCCGGCGGAGGAUAUAUCGAGGAGGAAACAGAUUUCAUCAUAACUCUUCCUGUAGUGUAAUCCCGUUAGCCACGUUUUGCAACUAUAUCGGGGCACUGGAAACUCCCCCAAAUACAAGUGCAUUUACACUCAGUUGGAAAGCUCCUGAAAAAUACAACCGACAUUCAAACAAAAGAACGGUUUUGACGGAUUUCAGUAAAUCUUUCCAGAAAGAAACAAAGGCCUGAAGGACAGGUGUGUCGAUUAGAGAAAUCCCCUUUCGAGACGUUUGAUCAUCCGGAAGAGCGGCUUAGCUAUUUUUUUCAGAUCCGUGUUCGACAGAAGACACUUGGACCCCAAGAUGGAAUUCUUGAGCAAAUUUGUGGGAACUUUACUGGUAGCGGCGGCUGUUUUGGUCUUGCUCAUGCCUUCAGUGUCAGCACAAGGAUCGCCUCCCACACCAACUGGAGUGACCGUCCAAUAUCUCGGGACUCUGGUGAUCGAGUUCAAAUGGCAGGCCACCGCCGGAGACUUUGACAAUUAUCUGGCUGUAUACUACGACGCCAACAAUGUGGAAGUUGGCAAUGAUGUAAUCCCUAAGACCGACACCUCCUUCAGGUACCAAGUCGCUGAUGGUGUGGUGGGUUUCUCAUUCCACACGGUGAGAGGAACCGAUCGAAGUGCGAGCGCUACCCUGACAGCAUUAGAUCCGGUUGUUUACAACAUUCAAUUGCCCCCUGCCCAGCUCGGUGCACCCCAGCAUGACUCCAUUACCAUAAGCUUCGCCGAAGCACCCAAUCCAGCCGAUAACAUCGGCCAGUACAUCAUCAGCCUGGAGCAACCCCCAGGCACUGUUAUUGAAACAGUAAGAGUGGACGCAGUGGCCGGAGCCACUUACACCUUCCAGGGGCUGAAUGUGGCCCAAUUUUACACAGUUCGGGUAGACGCAGAACUGGCGGACGGUCUUCCACUGGCAGUGAAUGUCUCUGCAAAUACUAAUACAGUGCCAUACCCACCAACCAAUGGCAUUUUGCACCGGACUAGCAGCACCACGGGCACCCUGACUUGGACAGAGGCUCAGGCCCCCGUGGGCUACUACGAGCUGAUCAUCACACCCGAAGGGGGCCAGCCCAGAGUCACCCAGUACCAAACGGGUACCACAGGGGUCUUGCUGGACAACUUGGUGAAUGGGGUCAGGUACAGCUACACGCUGAGAAAUGUCAUCAAUACGGGCAGCGGGGAAAUCAAGAGUGAUACUGCAGUAAUUACACCUGUAGAAGCAGCUCCAGCAUCACUUGACCCACAGCUGCAGGCCAUCACUGACCACGCCAUGCACUUGACGUGGACUGCCAGCACCACACAAGGGCUUGAAGGCUACAGAAUCAGUGUCUUGGACACCGAGGGCAACGGGCAAGUCAUAAAUGUACCGGCCAGUGAGACAUCAUUGGUUCUGACAGGUCUGACAGAAGGUCGGACAUACCAGUAUGUGGUCGAUGAGGUUGUUGGAGGUGUGAACCGAUUCGCUGGAUUUGCAGUUCGUCCUACGAAAUUACCACAAAAUGUGGCAUUAAAUGGGGCCACGGCCCACACAAUGACUGUCUCGUGGGACACAACCCUCUUCCCGAAUGCUCAAGGGUACCUGGUCAACGUUAUCAGCAAGGAUGGGUCCUACACCAACCUGAUACCCGUCACUACAGCCAGCGCAACGGCGCCAUUCACCAUAACGGAAUUGCCUGCUGGGCUGGAGUAUGAAGUCGGGGUGGAUGCAAUUGUAGGGGGGGAGCGAUUUGAAGUGGGUGCCCUGGCAAAUGGAGCCAGCACAAGUACUUCCAUUGCCACUCAGGUGGUCACAACAGACCUAAUCCAGACAGUCUGGGAGCCUAUUGCUGGUGCCACCUAUACAUUAUUGUUAACCAACCUUGGUGAUGGCAGCACCCAGGAGGUUACCAUUGCCGACUCCCAAACGGCCACCCAUGCCUUCAGGGGACUGACCCCCGGCCAACAUUACACUAUUGCUUUGACAGCCAAUGUCAAUGGCCAGGCCAUUUCCGGUGGCAUGGUGACAGAAACGACAAUUCCGUUGCCACCAACCAACAUCCAAGCGGCCUCGACGGCCACAGACACUGUCCUCACCUGGAAUCCACCCCCCAACACUCCCACCAACAUCCACGAAGGUUACCGGGUCAUCUACAUCCAGGCCGAUGGCCAGUUGGUGAGCCAAGACCUUCCAGUGACCCAGACCACAUUCACUGCACCGGUGGUGGACAAUGGCCAGAAUAUCUUUGUGUACUCGACAAGUGGCACUCAAGUAAGCCAGCCGGGCUACCCAGUGAUAAACUACAAUGUCAACCUCAAUGGAGCCACACCUAGUUCACUGCAGGUCAACUAUGACCGCUAUGAGGGUCAAGGCUACCACAUUCUUCUGGUCCGCAAUGACGGCUCUGUUCAGGAAGAGUUUGUCGUCACAGACCCAGCGACUCUCUCCUAUGUCUUCAACGGUCUGCAGCCCAGCACUGAAUACACCACAGUGGUGACGGGCAUCGACACGGGCGGAACUAGCACCUUCAUGCUGGGCACGGACACAGCUUCAACUUCUCCUGCAGUCUCAUUUGAUUACCAGUUGAUGACCACCCCUGUUACCACCACAACAAUGGACGUUGCCUGGCAACACAACCCAGAUGCUGGAUUUGAAAAUUACCAGUUAAAAGUAACCAAUGCUGUAGAUAGCACUGAACAGACGUUCACUGUGCCAGCAGGGGCCAACCCCUCUCAGGUGGUUCAGGGCCUGACGCCGGGGACCGACUACUCUGUGGAAGUCUCUGGAGUGAUUGGCGGAGUAGGAUCUGUUGUAGCCAGUGCUCUCCAGUCUACAGUGCCCGAACCACCGAGCCUGACUCUCAUGGAGCAGCAGCCUGACCAGACUGUCACCCUCACCUGGUUCCCACCAACCAAUGGGAAGUGGGACAACUACAUCAUCCGCUACGGGCCCUACGGCAGCACCAACCUGCAGGAGGUGGUGCUGGGCCCCACUGAGACCACCUACACCCUGCCUGCAUUUGACCAGAAUCAGCAGCACACUGUCCAGAUCUACUCCUCCAUCGGGCCAAACCAGGAGCUGGUCAGUGACAUGGGAACCAUCACACCCUCAGGCGGAUUCUCAGUGGUCAUCAAUCCAGUAUGCGAGCCAACCACUUGUCAGAAUGGUGGUACCUGCACAAUAGAUCCAGCUGUUGGUUUUGUCUGUACGUGCACUGCCUUGUAUACAGGAAGGAACUGUGAAACCUUGCUAGAUGGUAAUGACUGUUUACCGAAUCCUUGCGUGAAUGGUCAGUGUGUGGAUAGAGUCAACGCCUAUGAGUGUGACUGCACUGGAACCGACUUUCAGGGAACAAAUUGUGAAACUCGAAUCAAUGAUUGCCCUGCAACCAACCCAUGUCUGAAUGGCGGUACGUGUGUGGAUGGAACCAACCCAGGAGAAUUUAUUUGCCAGUGUGCGGUUGGUUUCGCUGGAACGCUUUGUGACAACAAUCCAGAUGACUGUGCUGCCAAUCCAUGUUUGAAUGGCGGCCGAUGUAUAGAUGGAGUCAACACGUUUACAUGCGACUGCUCAUUAGUGGACUUCCAGGGAACCAUCUGUGAAACACGCAUUGAUGACUGCGUUCCCAACCCCUGUGUUAAUGGUCAAUGUGUGGACCUUGUUCGCCAGUUCUCAUGCAACUGUGCUGGGACAGACUUCACAGGGACCUUGUGUGAAAAUCGGAUCAACGACUGCCCUGCCACCAACCCAUGUCUGAACGGUGGUACAUGUGUGGAUGGAACCAACCCUGGAGAAUUUAUUUGCCAGUGUGCGGUUGGAUUUGCUGGAACACUUUGUGAUAACAAUCCAGAUGACUGUGCUGGCAAUCCAUGUUUGAAUGGCGGCCGAUGUAUAGAUGGAGUCAAUGCGUUUACAUGUGACUGCUCAUUAGUGGACUACCAGGGAACCACCUGUGAGACACGCAUAGAUGACUGCGUUCCCAACCCUUGUACCAAUGGUCAGUGUGUGGAUCUUGUUCGCCAAUUCUCAUGUGACUGUACCGGGACAGACUUUUCGGGAACUUUAUGUGAAAAUAGGAUCAACGACUGCCCUGCCACCAACCCAUGUCUGAACGGUGGUACAUGUGCCGAUGGAACCAACCCUGGAGAAUUUAUUUGCCAGUGUGCGGUUGGAUUCACUGGAACGCUUUGUGAUAACAAUCCAGAUAACUGUGCUGGCAAUCCAUGUUUGAAUGGUGGCCGAUGUAUAGAUGGAGUGAACACAUUUACGUGUGACUGCUCAUUAGUGGACUACCAGGGAACCACCUGUGAGACACGCAUAGACGACUGCGUUCCCAACCCUUGUACCAAUGGUCAGUGUGUGGACCUUGUUCGCCAGUUCUCAUGCAACUGUGCUGGAACAGACUUCACGGGAACCUUGUGUGAAAAUCGGAUCAAUGACUGCCCGGCAACCAACCCAUGUCUGAACGGCGGUACAUGUGUGGAUGGAACCAACCCUGGAGAAUUUAUUUGCCAGUGUGCGGUUGGAUUCGCUGGAACGCUUUGUGACAACAAUCCAGAUGACUGUGUUGGCACUCCGUGUUUGAAUGGUGGCCGGUGUAUAGAUGGGGUCAACGCGUUUACGUGCGACUGCUCAUUGGUGGACUACCAGGGAACAACCUGUGAAACACGCAUAGAUGACUGCGUUCCUAAUCCCUGCAUUAACGGUCAGUGUGUGGACCUAGUUCGCAAUUUCAUGUGCAACUGUGCUGGGACAGACUUCACUGGGACCUUGUGUGAAAACCGGAUCAAUGACUGCCCUGCCACCAACCCAUGCCUGAACGGUGGUACAUGUGUGGAUGGAACCAACCCAGGAGAAUUUAUUUGCCAGUGUGCAGUAGGAUUCACUGGAACGCUUUGUGACAACAAUCCAGAUGACUGUGCUGGCAAUCCAUGUUUGAAUGGCGGCCGAUGUAUAGAUGGAGUCAACACAUUUACCUGUGACUGCUCAUUAGUGGACUACCAGGGAACCACCUGUGAGACACGCAUAGAUGAUUGCAUUCCCAACCCCUGCAUCAAUGGUCAGUGUGUGGACCUUGUUCGCCAAUUCUCAUGCAACUGUGCUGGCACAGACUUCACAGGGACCUUGUGUGAAAAUCGGAUCAACGACUGCCCUGCCACCAACCCAUGUCUGAACGGUGGUACAUGUGUGGACGGAACCAACCCCGGAGAAUUUAUUUGCCAGUGUGCAGUUGGAUUCUCUGGAAUGCUUUGUAAUAACAAUCCUGAUGAUUGUGUUGGUACUCCGUGUCUUAAUGGCGGUCGCUGUAUAGACGGAGUCAACCAGUUCACCUGCGAUUGCUCACAGGUUGACUUUGACGGGCCAACUUGUGAAACCCGUGUAAAUGACUGUCUCCCCAACCCAUGUGCCCAAGGUUUGUGUGUGGAUGGCAUCCGGAGUUUCACAUGCGACUGUACUGGGACAGACUUUGAGGGGACCUUGUGUCAAAAUCAGAUAAACGACUGCCUUCCCAACCCAUGCAGGAAUGGUCGGUGUGUGGACGCCAUCCGCAGCUUCACGUGUGACUGCACAAACACCGACUUCCAAGGGUUACUGUGUGAAAAUCAAAUUGAUGACUGCGCGAGCAACCCCUGCAUUAAUGGUGUUUGCCGAGACGGAUUACGGUUGUAUACUUGCGACUGCACCGGCACAGAUUUUGAGGGCACCAACUGUGAAACACGAGUGAACGACUGCCCUGUUCCAGACCCUUGUGAGAACGGUGGGGUGUGUGUGGAUGGAACAACACCCCAAGCUUACUCCUGUCAGUGCCCAGCUGGAUUCACUGGCUUCCUGUGCAAUAACGAUCCAAACCAAUGUGACUCAAACCCAUGCAUUAACGGCAUCUGUCUGGAUGGAGUAAACAUGUAUACCUGCGUCUGUGCAGGCACCGACUUCACGGGCACCAACUGCGAGACACGCAUUGACGACUGCAAUCCCAACCCUUGCCUGAAUGGUGGCCGUUGCACGGAUGGUGUCCUGAGCUAUACCUGCAGUUGUGUGGCCGGUUACGCUGGAUCACGGUGCGAGACAGAUGUUAAUGAGUGCAUCUCCAAUCCUUGCGAGAACAAUGGCAACUGCCAGGAUUUGGUCAAUGCUUAUAUGUGUACCUGCCAGCCUGGGUUCAUUGGACCUACCUGUUCAGUCAAUCCAGACGAUUGUGCCGCCAACCCGUCACAGAUAAAGUGCCUAAACGGGGGUACCUGCCAGGAUGCAGUGAAUGGCUACACCUGCCUCUGUCCAGCUUUCUUCUCGGGUGAUCGCUGCCAGAACAAUGACAAUGACUGUGCUACCAACCCCUGCAUAUUUGGUAUCUGCAGGGACGGAAACAAUCAAUUCACCUGUGAAUGUACCCCUGGUUACACCGGCACCCUUUGUGAAAUAAACGUGAACGAAUGCUUCAGCACUCCAUGCCAACACCAGGGUGUCUGCAUUGACAUGGUGAACUUCUUCCGAUGCGAAUGCACAGAGUACUUCCAGGGAGUGGUGUGCGAAAUACCGCGGGCAGCCGAUGUUGUCGUCACAACCAUGGAGCCCAACCGGAUCCGUGGCACUUUCGUCAACAUCAUGGCCGAUGACCCUCAGUCCAGGUACCAAGUCAGGGUGACAAACCCCCAGGGGCAGCAGGUACAGGUUGUCGAGUACACCCCAGCAGACGUUGUCAAUGGCAUGAUCAACUUUGAGGUGGGCGGCCUGAGCCCGGGCACUGACUACACGGUGGACCUGUCUGUGGUAAAUGGCAAUGGACAGACGUUCAACCUGGACUCACUUAAUACACGGACUACAACCAUCUGCAACACCAACAUCUGCCUGAAUGGAGGUACAUGUCGUGAGGUCGCCACCCCCCAGGGGUACGUCUGUGACUGUGCGGUUGGCUUCGAAGGCACCCAGUGUGAAACUAAUAUCAACGAAUGUAACAGCUCACCAUGCAGGAACAACGGAAAUUGCCAGGAUCUAGUUGGUCAGUUUCGUUGCAACUGCGUGGGACCCUGGACCGGCCCAACCUGCACUGUCCCCACCUCAGUCAACUUCAACGCUGGCGCUUCGACCUCCGAGUCUGUGCAGGUCAUCUGGAACCAGCCUGUCGGGACCGAGGUGCCCAACUAUGUGGUCACCUUGGAGAACAUUGGGGGCGGAGUCCUGACCACAGCCACGGUGCCCGCCACGGACGUGGUCAAUGGCUUGAUAGACUUCACGUUCCAUGCACCCCAACCAGGGACGAACUACGUGUCCAAGCUCUUUGCGCUGCUAGAUGAUGGGUCACGGUGGCCAUUGGCGACCUUGAGCACCAGCUCUGGAAAUAUUGACGAGUGUGUCAGCAACCCAUGCCUGAACAAUGCCCAGUGCGUAAAUGCAAUAAAUGCAUUCUCAUGUGUCUGCACUGUUGGCUGGAUGGGGGUUAUAUGUAAUAUCCCCUCCUCUAACCUGUUUAUGUUGGGCGAGAUCACAAACAACACGGUGCAGGUCCGUUGGCCCAGCAUUGACAUGGCCGGAACCAACUUCAUCUAUGUGGUGGAGGUGACAGACCCCAAUGGCGUGAUGGGCUCCAUUGAGAUCCCGCCAGUGCCCAACGCUGACCCCAGCUAUGUCUACAACCAGCUCAUCACGGGCUUGCAGCCCUCCACCCAGUAUCAGAUCCGGCUGAUCAUCAGGGCUGAUGGCACCCCCUACGUUGUGGGCACCCAAGUACCUACCACUAGGAGUGUGUGCACAGAUCAGCCGCCAUGUCAGAACCAAGGAAUCUGCAUAACUGAUUCCAGCACUCAGGAAGGCUACAGAUGUCUCUGCCCUGAUGGCUGGACAGGCCUUAACUGCGAUCAAGAUUUCCCAGAAUGUGCCAGUGGUCCCUGCAGGAACGGGGGUCGCUGCAUUGAACAGUUCCUAGGCUUCACCUGCGAGUGCACGGCACAGUACCAGGGUCUCAUGUGCCAAGUGGCGGUAACAAACAUCCUGACGGUGACUGGCGUUGCACCCACCACGGCCCAGCUGACUUUCCCCCCACUCAACGAACCUACCGCCCAGCUCUACUUCCUGACGCUGCGCGAGGACGUCACUGGCCAGGAGUUGACCUUGACCCUGUCCCCCAACCAGGCCCAAAAUGGCUUCAUCGUGCAGGACUUUGUCAGCCUCACCCCUUCCACCAAGUACACGGCCUACCUGUCGGUGCUGAUGGAUGGGGAACCGGCCAAUCUGAACCUCGGUCAGCGCGAUGUCACCACUUCGGAUAUCUGUGCUUUCAUCACUUGCCAAAAUGGGGGCACCUGUGUUCCAGACAACACGCAGGCACUGUUCUAUCGCUGUGAGUGUCCGCCAGGUUUCACUGGCGAACUCUGUGCUGGAGAUGCAAAUAACUGUGCAAAUCAACCUUGUCUUAAUGGUGGAGUGUGUGUGGAUGGGCAGGGAACGUUCACCUGUAACUGUGCUGCUGGCUACACAGGCCAAACCUGCCAGAUACAGAUUGAUGAGUGUUCUCCUAACCCCUGUCUGAACUUUGGACAGUGCGUGGACAGAGUCAAUGGAUUUGACUGCGUGUGCGCUGCCGGCUACACUGGUGCCCUCUGCCAGACAAACAUCAAUGAAUGUGCGACCAACCCCUGCCAGAAUGGUGGCUUCUGUCAAGAUGACAUCAACGCGUACAUCUGCAACUGUGCAGCGGGCUUCCGUGGUCUCAAUUGCCAAGAAAAUAUCAACGAAUGUGUCAGCAACCCUUGUUUGAACGGUGGCAUCUGCACUGAUCAGGUCAACAGCUAUGUCUGUGACUGCCCUGCCGGCUUUUUUGGGUCGCGCUGCGAAUCAGAUUUUGAUGACUGUGCCGCUUCUCCAUGUUUGAAUGGGGGACAAUGCACAGACCUCCCCAAUUCAUUCCAGUGCGCAUGUCAGCCUGGCUACAGUGGUGUAAGAUGUGAAAAUGCUCCCAAUGCCUGCAUCUCCAACCCCUGUCAGAACCAGGGGGCGUGUAUCUCCCAGAUUGGUGGCUACAUCUGCAUUUGCCAGCCCACGUGGCAGGGACCUGUCUGCAGCGAAGCCAUCAGCCCUUGUGUGAACCGGCCAUGCCUGAAUGGGGGCAACUGCGUGGACCUUGUGGGUGGACGGUACAGAUGUGACUGCCUGCCAGGCUACCAGGGAGACAUAUGUGAUAUCAAUAUCAACGAGUGUGCAUCCUUCCCCUGUCAGAAUAAUGGUGUCUGCAUGGAUCGGGUCAAUGGCUAUGAGUGUAUCUGCCUCAACAACUUUGCUGGGACUGUGUGUGAAAUAAACACAAGCCCUUGUAACAGCAACCCCUGUGUCAACGGCUUCUGCCUGUCUAACCAGGGUGCGUACUUCUGCUUGUGCCGCACCGACUGGACCGGGCAGAACUGCGACCAGCCUGUGGACACCGAGGAGUGCGCCAGUAACCCCUGCCUCAACGGUGGGACCUGCCUGGAGCAGUUCAACCGCUACACCUGCGUUUGUGUCACAGGCUACACUGGGUUGAACUGCGAGGUUGACAUCGACGAGUGUACCACUACGCCGUUCCUAUGCCAGAAUGGGGGAAACUGUGUCAACGCCGUUGGAUCUUAUCGGUGCAUAUGUGCUGUUGGUUUUGAAGGGACUAACUGUGAAACACGUAUCAACCGUUGCACCGUGGGGUACUGCUUCAAUGGGGGCAUCUGUCGAGAAGGAUUAAUUGCCCCUACCUGUGACUGCUUGGUGGGUUUCCAGGGCAGCCGCUGUGAACAGCAGGUCAACUUCUGCCAGGGCGUCCUGUGCCAGAACGGUGGGGUCUGCAUUCCGGGAGCCACCAGCUACACAUGUCAAUGCCUGGCUGGCUUUGGCGGCCAGAACUGCGAGAUCAACACUGACGACUGCACACCCAACCCAUGCCUGAAUGGCGGCCGAUGCCAGGAUGGGGUCAACACGGCCAUCUGCGUCUGCCCGGCAGGGUACACCGGCAGCACCUGCGAGUCCAACAUUGAUGACUGCCGCACGCCCAAUUUGUGCCUGAACGGUGCUGCAUGCAUCGAUGGUAUCAACACCUACACUUGCCAGUGUCUGCCGGGCUUCGCCGGUGACCGCUGUGAGUUGGAUAUUCCAGAAUGCAUUAGCAACCCCUGCCAAAACGGAGGUGUCUGCAUCGAGCAGGUCAAUGGCUACUUCUGCCAAUGCCAGGCCGGUUUCACUGGGGAUCGGUGCCUGAUCAUUGUCGAUGGUGAUGACUGCAUCAACAGACCCUGUCUGAAUGGCGGCAUCUGCAUAGAUGGCCAGAACUCCUUCACUUGCCAGUGCCUGGCUGGUUACGAGGGCAGUAUCUGCCAGACAAACAUCAACGAAUGCAUUAGCAACCCCUGCGCCAAUCAGGGACGGUGCCUGGAUGAAGUUAAUCGUUACAUCUGUAUAUGCCAGGGAGGUUUCACCGGUACCCACUGCACCAUCCACCCAUGCACUAAUAACCGGUGUCUGAACGGAGCCCAGUGUGCUGCAUCAGCAGCUGUUAAUUUAGGUUACAUCUGUGUGUGUCCAUCCACCCACACGGGGCAGUUUUGUGAAACACUGAUUGAUGGGGAUGACUGUGCACCAGUCAACCCUUGCCUCAACUCCGGGACAUGCAUAGAUGGAGUGAACACUUACAGUUGUUCCUGUCUACCAGGGUACACCGGGACACUGUGCGAGAUAAACAUUGAUGAGUGUGCCAGCCGGCCCUGUUUGAAUGGCGGAACCUGUACAGAUCAGAUCAAUGGUUACCGCUGCACCUGCCUUGCACAGUACACAGGGGACCAGUGCCAGACACGAAUCUUUACACCUUGCCAGCCCAACCCCUGUCUGAAUUCUGGCACUUGUAAUGUCAUCAGUGUCACCCAGAACGUCUUCACCUGUAGCUGUCUGCAAGGCUACACGGGGUCCAUAUGCCAAACAUCUCCGCAGACCCGUUGUGCCCCCAAUCCAUGCCUGAAUGGUGGAGUGUGUCUGCCCAUAGGCCUCACCUCCUACUCCUGUGCCUGCCCCUCAGAAUACACUGGCCAGAAUUGUGAAACCGUGAUUAUAGAUGAUCCAUGUAAUUCCAAUCCAUGCCAAAAUGGAGGUAGAUGCACCCGGGGCAACAACGGCGCCUCAGUAUUCUAUUUCUGCUCAUGCUUCAAUGGCUACACAGGGCUGAACUGUCAGACCAGACCAAGUCCUUGCAACUCCAAUCCCUGCCAAAAUGGUGGCGUCUGCUCCCUCCUGCCAAACAACAAUUUUGCCUACUUCUGCAACUGCAUCAAUAACUUUUUUGGGACAAACUGUGAGAAUGCCAAUCCGUGCGCGUCCAAUCCCUGUCUAAAUGGAGGCACGUGCAACAAUAUGAACAUUGGACCCAACACCAUCUACGUGUGCUCCUGCCCAACGGGCUACUCAGGAGAUCAGUGCCAAGUGGCACCACCAAAUCCUUGCAACAAUCAGCCAUGUUUGAAUGGAGGACAGUGUUCUGUAAGUCCAGCAAACCCCAACACCUACCUAUGCGACUGUGGGCCCAACUACUAUGGAGAUCGGUGCCAGUUCUCAGCCAAUCCAUGUUCAUCCAAUCCAUGCUUGAAUGGCGGCACAUGCACCUCUCGCCAAGAUGGUGCCGGCAUCAUGUACCUAUGCCAGUGUCCAGCCGGCUACACCGGUACACGAUGCAGCAUACCCCCAGCAGAUCCUUGCCUCACCCAGCCUUGUCGUAAUGGCGGCAUAUGCAUCAGAGUCAGCAAUGUGCAGUAUAGGUGCCAGUGCACCACAGACUUCACCGGCAACAACUGCCAAACAUCUGCUACCACACCCUGCAGCGUAAGGCCUUGUCUCAACGGAGGGACUUGUUUUGUGACAGGCUCCAAUUUCAACUGUGUCUGCUUACCAGGCUACUCAGGUGCAACCUGCCAGUUUCUCAAUGCCUGUUCUCCCAACAACCCCUGUCUGAAUGAUGGCAGCUGCUAUCAAAGCUCACAGACUUCCAGCAGCUACCAGUGUGUGUGCCAGUUUGGAUUCACGGGAACCAACUGUGAAACUGCCGUGCCCACGGCUUGUACCAACAACCCCUGCUUGAACCAGGGUGUGUGUGUGGUCACAGGCUCAAGCUCGUUCUCCUGCAACUGCAUCAGUGGCUACACCGGCACCGUGUGCUCAACCAUAGUUGUCUGCACCCCUAAUCCUUGUCUCAAUGGUGGUAACUGUGGCAUCAGUCAAGCCAACAGGCUGGUUCCCAUAUGUACCUGUGCCCAGGGAUACACUGGUGACAGAUGCCAGACCUCUGUGACCACACCGUGUAGUAACAACCCGUGUAGGAAUGGCGCCACCUGUGAUGUCACCUCUACCUCCAGCUUCAGAUGCAGGUGCUUGCCUGGCUACACUGGUGCCAUCUGCGAAACCAUUAUUGCCUGUAACCCCAGCCCCUGUCAGAAUGGAGGAAUCUGUAUGAUCAGUUUCAACAACCCGGCCAAUUACUUCUGUGACUGUCCAGCAGGGUACAGUGGAAACAACUGCCAAUUCCUAUCACAGACACCAUGCAGUAGCAAUCCAUGUUUGAAUGGUGGAGUUUGCUCGAAUAUAGGUGCUGUUUUUGCUUGCACCUGUCAAGAGGGAUACUCUGGUAACAGAUGCCAAACUAUUGUGGCCUGUGCUUCCAGUCCUUGCCAGAAUGGUGGCUUGUGCACCAUUAAUAGCGGCAACCCAACUCAAACGAUCUGUACCUGUCCACCGACUCAUACGGGGGCCUUCUGUGAAACAGUGAUUCCUGUAAUCAACGUCUGCACCAUCAACCCGUGUCUGAAUGGCGGAGUUUGCCUGAUUGAUACCACACAGGCCAAUGGAUACAGAUGUCAAUGUGCCAACGGCUACAUGGGAACAAACUGCAAUAACUUUGUGACUCUGUGCGCCUCGCCAUGCACCAAUGGCGGUACCUGCAUCUAUGAUCAAUUCCAUGCUGUCUACACAUGCUCCUGCCUAGCUGGCUUCUCAGGACACCAGUGCCAAAUAACUACACCAUGUGGGGAGAAUAUCACUUUGGCAGAGGGUGAGCAGCGUCGCAUCACCAGCCCCAACUACCCCAACAACUACCAGGACAAUCUGGUCUGCCUCUUUAACCUCCUGGCCUCGGGCCCUGACCGCCGGCUGAACUUCGUGGUGGAGGAGCUAGCCACCGAAUGCGAGCGGGACCUGGUGCAGCUGGGGCAGGGCACGGACCCGACUGACCCCACCUCUGUUGUCAUGCGGGAGUCUGGCACGGGGCUGAUGGCUCCAUUUGUCAUAGACUCCCAGGCUGCCUGGCUCAUGUUCACCUCAGACUUCUGGCAGACGGACAAGGGCUUCUCCAUCUUGGUGGAGGACAUACCGUCAGCAACGACUGUUCCAGGGGACUGCCAGGACAGCUUCUGCUUCAACGGCGGCAUGUGUGUGAUCCAGCCUGGAAACCCUAACACCCUAAUGUGUGUCUGUCCGGCUGGAUAUAGUGGAGAUAACUGUGAAAUAAAUGUGAACGAGUGCCUAAGCACCCCUUGCCAGUUUGGAGGAGAAUGUCGUGACGUCAUCAAUGGCUACAUUUGCCUAUGCUCUCCUGGACGUGGUGGCCCCAACUGUGAAACGAUCACCACAAAUCCUUGUCAGAACAAUCCUUGCCUGAAUGGAGCGGCAUGCUUUGAACUUGCUGAUGGGUCAUAUGUUUGUAACUGUCCAACAGGAUUUACCGGGCGGAAUUGCGAAUCCACCGUCACGGCCAGCAAUCCUUGUGCAAGCUCUCCCUGCUUAAAUGGUGGUACCUGCUAUAAUCUGGCCGACCAGACUUUCCUCUGUGUCUGCCCACAGUACUACGAAGGGGACUUCUGUGAAAUAGCCUUGACACUGUGUCAAAGAACACCGUGCUUCAACAGAGCUACCUGUGAUGACUCCAGUGGACAGGUUGUCUGCCGUUGUUUGGAUGGUUAUGUCGGCACUUUCUGUGAAACAGCAAUCCAAGGCUGCAUUUGUCAGAAUGGAGGCGUCUGCUUUGGGACCAACAACUGCAUCUGUCCGCGUGGCUUUGAGGGCCAAUUCUGUGAAAUAAACAUCAAUGAAUGCGCCAGCAACCCAUGUCUUAACAGUGCCACCUGCCUGGAUGUGAACGGUGGUUUCAUCUGCAUCUGUUCAACGGGUUUCUCAGGAAUCAUCUGUGACAUCUCGGAUCCCAAUAAUGCCGGAUUGAGCAGCAAUACAGGCACCGAUAGCACAGAUAGUAGCACUAAUGGCACUUCACUUGGAGUGGGAUGGAUCAUCCUGAUUAUCAUCCUGGGGUUGCUGCUGCUUCUCCUGCUGCUGUUUGUUGUUGUAAGGUCCUGGAAGAAGUAUGACGACAGAUACUCUGAGGAUAAGUCCCGCAUCCUGAGUGACUACGAGGACAACAUACGAUUCCAGGAACGCCAAGGCAUGGAGAUGGGUAACAUUCUUGUGCCGCCCCCAGGAACGACCAGUGUUGCCCAUCUGAACACACAAGAGGAACCUUGGCCAGUCAGCACUGACCAAAUGCCAACGAGUAACAUCUAGUCCACACAACAUGAGUAAGACAUUAAAAGAGAUUUCAGAUUUCUCAGUCCUAAGUUUGUAUAAAUAAGAUAUAACCCAUUUUGUAAUUAAUAGUAUAUUGAUACAAUUGACUGUCCUGCUACUUGUGUUUAAAUAUUCACGUUGAAGUUUACAUAAUACGUGAAAAUUGUAGGACUGAUUAGUGCAUAGCCCCACUGGUUGGGUGACAAUAGAAGUAAACUAUUAUGGGCAUUUUCUUAAGUGAGUCAACAAAGUGUACAUAUAUGAAGUGCAGUUAAAGACCAAGUUUUCAAUUUCAGUCUUGGAAAAUUAUCUACUUUUUCUAAAUAACUGAUUUCUUUUCUAAAUAAAUAUGUUCAUAAAUACAUUUUAACCCCUUCAAAUUGUCGGACAAGAAGUAACACCUCUAUCACACAUUAUUUAAUAUUUCUUAUUUUAAAGUCUCACGGGACAUGAUGAUCUAAACUCUAACACAUACUUCUCAUGAAAGUGUUCUGCCAGGCUUGUUUUAAUAACCAAUUAGGGUUGUGCGGGCAAAAGACUGCUCUUAACUGAUUUGUUUUUUAACAUUAGAUUGGAACGACGUAAAACUUUUUAAAAAAUAUAUAUAUGAGGACUUUAAAGCAUUGGAAACUGGUUAAACAUUAUAUGGACAUUUUGUGUAGGAAAAUCUGAGUGAAGUUGGUGAGUUUACUGGGCAGUGCUUCUGUAGUUGUAAUAAUAAUUGUAUCAUAUAAACCACAAGGGAAUGCAAUUUGGACUGUAAAUUUAAUUACAUUACUUAAAUAUGUAAUGGUGCCAAUGCAGGUACCUGGAAUUGAUUUUUCAACAAAUUUCCAAGACUCCCGAGGUAUUUAAAUUUACUCAAGUUUGUUCCUUUGUAAUUUAUUCUUUUGUGGGGAAAGUACAGGUACCAUUUGUACCUGACCAAUCAACAUACGAGGUCAUCAGCUGAGUUCAGGCCUUUGUGUGGUGUAACAGAUAUUACAUUAAUGUACAUUGUACAAAAUAUGAGAUAAGUUACCAAUUUCUUUGUCUAAUGCAAGUAGGGUUCUAUUUUUUGUGCAAUUCCAAAUGAUUCAAAACCUGAUAUGCGUAUGUUGCUCGAUUUGUUGACACAAAUAAACUGUACAUAAAACUUAAAA